ACAUUCGUAAACAUUUGUUUAUUCCGUGGCGAAAAUAUAAAAAUCAACUUAAUUAUCGUCUUAUUAAUUUCGAUAAUAAAAAUAAGAGCUUAACCAUGAAUGAAGUUUAUUUUAAGCAUCUUGUGGAAGAACAAAAAAUUGCCAUAAGCUUUCGAUUUGUGCAAACAAUAAACUCGUUUAAAAUUGACCGUAUUUUUAAUUUUGUACGUGAUUUAACAGAGAAUAUUGAUGUCUCGUUAAAUCGAAUUAAAAAUAAUGUAGAAAGGGAGGUGACAAAAAAGAUAAGCAAAAAGAAAAAGAAAAGCAAAGACGGUUCUGAAGGAAGCAACGCAGAAAAUUUUACGAUAUCAGCUGAAUUUUGCGAUUCAAAUGGAACGAUUACAAAUAAAAGCUUUCAAGACCUAUUAGGAGAUUUUGAAAAUAGCGAGUUUCAAUUGAAGCUUCACCAAAUUCCGUUUACUGUCAAGUUUAAUUGGCCCUGGAUUAAUACAAUCACACUUCCCACCUCAAUUCUCGCCGGUUUUUAUGUUUAUCCAUCAAAGUUAGAAAUAGAUUUUGCUGAUCGACAUGCAACUGAGUUUAUUUGGUAUCGCGGUGAAUUGCCAGCAAAUGAAAGAGAAAACGAAAUUGAAUGGGAAGAAAUUGGUAAAGGAUUUACAUUUUUAGUUCGACCUGAAGAUAUUGGCUACAGAUUGAAAGUAAGUGCAACACCUAAAUCAAUUGAUAGUCUUAAAAUUGGUCCAACGGUUGAAGCAAUCGGCAAGAAUGAAGUUCAAGCUGGGCCUGGAUAUUGUCCCUUCGAAGCUCGUCAUUUAUUUACAGUGGAACGUCUUAGUGGAAAAUCUAUCAGAGUCGCAUCUUACAAUCUUCUCGCUGAUUAUUAUGCUGACUCCGAAGAUGGACGUACAAAACUAUUCUCAUAUUGUCCUGGAUAUGCGAUUACAAUUGAUUAUCGUAAACAAUUGUUAUUGAAAGAGAUAGUUGGGUACAAUGCUGACAUUUUCUGCAUGCAAGAGGUUGACUUUAAAAUCUUUGACGGUGACAUGAUUCCAUUGUUAUUAGAACAAAAUAUGACAGGAGUUCACAACAAAAAAGGAACAACACCCGAAGGUGUUGCAACAUUCUAUCGACAAGAUCGAUUUGAACUUAUCGAGAAUUAUGUUUUCAACAUUGGCGAGACUGUGAAAAGCCAUUCAGCAUGUCAAGAAUUAUUUGGAAAACUUCAAUAUAAUGAGAAAUUGGUAGAAAGACUCACCGAUCUAGGCACAACACUACAGGUUCUUGUAUUGAGAUCAAAGGAAUUUCCAGAAAAGUUUUUCACAGUUGCAAACACUCAUUUGUAUUUUCAUCCAGAUGCUGAUCACAUAAGGUUGCUACAAAUUGGAUUUUCAAUGAAGAUUGUUGAAGAUAUUGUAGAAAGAUUAAAAGAAAAGUCAAGUGAUGUGUCGUUGAUAUUUUGUGGUGAUUUCAAUUCAGUUCCUGAGUGUGGAAUUUAUAAACUUAUGACACAAAAAUCUGUUCCUGAAAAUUUCAUUGAUUGGAAGAGUAAUCAAGAACAAGAAGUAAAGAAUGUCAGUCUUUCUCAACCUUUUCAAAUGAAAUCAGCUUGUGGAACGCCAACAUUCACAAAUUACACAAUUGGAUUCCAAGCUUGUCUCGAUUACAUUUUCUACCAAACCGACAAAUUUCAUGUAACGAAAGUUGUUGAAAUGCCAGACGAAGAGGAAUUAAAAUCACAUAUUGCAAUACCUUCAGUUGUGUUUCCUUCUGAUCACAUUGCAAUUAUAGCAGAUCUUGAAAUGACUUGA